UGGUAUUUGCUCAAUCAUCUCAUUCGGAUAGGGUGUGUUGUGAAAUAAAGAAGAUGAAGUUGGUUGUUUUAAGCAUUCUCUUAGCACUUGCAGCUGCUGAUCGCGCGCGAUUUGACAAUUAUCGCGUGUACAGUGUAUCGAUUGAGAACCAGGAACAUCUUAGAACGCUUAAGAGUGUCAAUAAAGGUCUCAAUGGAUAUGAUUUUCUCACCGAACCUAGGAUAGUCGGAUCAGUAGCGGACAUAAUAGUUGCUCCGCAUCUGCAAGAAGACUUUGAAUCCCUAACGAAGGAUAAUGGACUAAAAGUUGAAUUGGUUACGGCAGAUCUACAGAAGAUGAUCGACAGAGAAAGGCCAGCGGAAAAUAUUAACAGAGCAUCUGAAGAUUUUGACGUGAAUGCCUAUCACAGUACUGAAGAAAUCAACGAAUGGCUGUAUUAUCUUGCCGAGGAAUAUCCGGAGGUGCAGGUGAUUAGAGGAGGAUCAACAUACGAAGGACGCGAUAUCAUUGGAAUUAAUAUCAAUCGAGGCGGCGAUGAAAAUCCAGGUAUAUUCAUUGAGGCAAAUAUUCAUGCUCGUGAAUGGAUUACAUCAGGUUCAACAGUCUGGAUGAUAAAGAAGCUUUUAACCGCGACUGACGAAGAGCCUGGAUACAAAGACUUGGCCGAUAACAUCAACUGGUACAUCUUCCCAGUGGUAAAUGUGGAUGGAUAUGAGUACUCGCGAAAUGUGUACCGAAUGUGGCGCAAAACGCGAUCACGACAGGGCUUCAUUUGCCACGGAGUGGAUCCUAACAGGAACUGGGACUCCUCGUGGCAGGCAGGUGGAGUCGGAGCCUCAGACAAUAUGUGUGACCUAGAUUUUGGUGGUCCAAAUGCCUUCUCAGAAAUAGAAACACGCACUCUUUCGGAAUAUAUCUUGAGCAUUCAAGAUAAGCUCAACCUCUACAUUUCCUUCCACUCUGCUGCUGAGUUACUCCUCUUCCCAUGGGGACACACAGCUGAUCCCGUGCAAGGAUAUGACGAUUUCUUCGAAGUGGCACAAACUACCGUAACUGCAUUGGAGGCAACUCAUGGAACUGUAUACCAAUUUGGAUCCAUAAACCAAGCGAUCUAUCCAGCCACUGGCGGAUCCAUCGACUGGACAUUCUUGAGAAUGGGAAUACUCUCAUACUGCUAUGAGUUCCGAUCGAGAAAUACAGCCACUGGUGAAAGAUACGGCUUCCUCGCCCCACCGGAAGAGAUUCAGCCCAAUUCAGAGGAAGUGUUGGACUCUCUUGUUGCAAUGGUAGCAAAAACUAGAGAACUCGGCCAUAUGUAAAAGUGACAUUUUCACCUGAUUAGAUUAGACAAUAAACGGGGAAGAAAUGAGU